AUGCAACGUCCACCACUACCAACACAGCAACAGCUGCAACUGCAUCUUCAACAAAAACAAAUCUCUCCCACACCCGUGAAGCGUACGGCUCGGGAUUACCAGUUUGGAACAAGGAUUGGUGAAGGUUCGUACUCCACUGUGUUUUCUGCAAUGGAUAUCCACAACUCAAAGACAUAUGCUAUCAAGGUUCUUUCCAAACGACAUAUUGUCAAGGAGGACAAGAUCAAGUAUGUCAACAUCGAAAAGAUAACGUUGCAUCGUCUUGGUCAACAGCAUCCUGGUAUUGUUCAGUUGUACUACACAUUUCAAGACGAAAAGAGUCUUUUCUUUGUGCUUGAUUUUGCUGAAUACGGGGAGCUUCUUUCAAUUAUCCGUAAGUUCGGCUCGUUAUCAGAAGCUGUGCUGAAGUUCUACAUGUGUCAGAUUGUUGACGCUGUCAAAUUCAUUCAUCUGAAGGGUGUGAUCCAUCGCGACUUGAAACCCGAAAACAUCCUUGUAGCACACGAUUUUAGUCUAAAGAUCACCGACUUUGGUGCAGCCAAGCUUCUCGGAAACUCUGACGACAACGAUGAGAAAAUCGAUUACAACUCCGUAGACGAAGCCCAGAACGUUAGUGAUGAAGAUCGUAAGGGUUCCUUUGUAGGUACGGCAGAGUACGUUUCGCCAGAGCUUCUCAAACACAACAUUUGUGGAUUUGAAGCUGAUGUAUGGGCUCUUGGAUGUAUUUUGUACCAGUUUUUUCACGGAGUACCACCGUUCAAGGGCAACACUGAGUACUUGACGUUCGAGAAAAUUAUCAAUAUCGAUUACUCGUACCGUCUGAAGUACCCACUUCCUCCAGAUGUAAUCGAGAUAAUAGACAAAAUCUUGUUGGCCGAUCCCCAACAACGGUCUACAAUACCUCAAAUCCAAAAGAGCCGUUGGUUCCAAGACGUUCCCUGGGACGACCUCAAUUUCAUCUGGCAUAGAAAAGUGCCCAGAUUUGAGCCAUUUGGCCCAGGCUCAAACAAUGCACCUUCACCAGUAAUGUCGACAUUCAAAACAGGCUCCAAUAGAAAUAUGAACAAGUCUAACUCGUACCAGCAAUUGCAUUCGCAAAUCCAGCAUUCAGACUUUGCUUACAUUCCCUCUGUUGGUGUCAAGAAAUCGUACCAGCCAGCUACUCGUAUCAAAAAGAAUAUCGUUGCACCACAACAGCUUGGUCCACCAGCACAGAUAUUACAACAAACUCAGCAACAACCUCCACCCCCAGCACCACUCGUACCUCCAAUCUCACCAACUCAUCCUGCUUUUGUAUCUGCACCAUCUCCUCCUAGAACUCAAAACCAACACCAUGCGCAUGCUUACAGGGCCCAAAUGCUCCAACAACCGAACAUGACACUUCCACCAAGUCAACAGCAACAGCAACCACAGCAAUCUCCUCUGGAUUCUCCCUCAAAAAGCCCUCACUAUACAAACUUGCGUACCAAUACAGCCUUUGCCAUGACUAAUAGUACAUCUUCAAGCGAUAGCAAUAACCAGUCUUCUGAUGGUCAGCUAGCUAGCGGCUCUAGUUCCGGUAGCGCUUCCAGUUCCAGAAAUGUCUCUAGUUCUAAGCACAAAUCGCAGCCUCAGCCUCCUGCGAUUCCAAAUCUGUUGGUAAGUGCCGCUGCUGCCGCUGCUGCUGGGAGUGGCAUGAAGCAGGCGCAAAGACUGGCUCCUACUUUACCGCUGGCGAAGUUGGCAAUUGCUACCAAGUCUAAAGAAGACUUGAAGCAGAAGACAACAAAAACCAAAAUUAUAGAAGCCAAGAAUACUAUAAAGUUCAAGGAAAUCUCGAAUCUAUUGAGCCCCAAUGAAAAAAUCUUGAAGAUGGACACGAUAUUGAAGCUGGAGUUGAGCAAUAAGAUCCUAAAGAGGCAACCAGCUGAACAGCUCGAUGAUUCCCUCAUCGAUGAUUUGAUCACAAAAUACCUGAGGCAACUUGAGAAGAACGCUGAAGUUGUAGUCACUGUCAUUACCAAUUUAGCACGGGUCUUCUUUGUCACAGCUAGUUUGGGUGUAAUGCUCGUAGACCUCAAGGCAAAUAACGGCGGAGACUAUCUGAUGUAUGAUUAUGAAUUUGAGAGUCUAGCUGUUGACGAUGAUGGCAACGACAGCGAGGAAGUCUACGGCUAUUUGAUUCUAGAAUUGAUUAGAAAAGGCGGAGACUUGAUCUUCUUGAAAAGAAUCAGCGAUUUCGAAAGAUUAUCGCUUGAAGAUUCUGUCAAAGUUGUGGAUAGAAGUGGGGAUCAAGUUAAGCUAGGCAAGAACUAUGGUUGGAUCGACUGUUUGUUGAUGGCCAAAGACAUGGUUUCUCGAGAAAAAAGCCUGCCAGCCGUCCGAAAGGAGAAGUCUCCUACUCCUACACUGUCUCCAUCUCUAAGUUCCAAAUCAAGUUCAGUCCCUACUGCUGCAUCUAAGAAGAAACCUACAAAGACGACUGCAGUUCCAAAAAAGCCCAAGAAAUCAACAGUACAAACUAAUACUGGCAGAAGCACACAACCGACUGCUGCCAAACCGAUGAGCAAGUUUGCCUAUGCCGCUGCUGCAGCCGCUCACAAAUAGAUUUCUUACAUUUUCUAUAGAUAUAUAGACUGUAGAAUAAAAGUGGAAAUGCAUUAUUUACAGGGCGAGAAAGAGAGAGUUCCAAAGACCG